AUGAAGCUACUUACCGUGUUUUUACUGUUGGCAAUCAUUGCCGGCGCCACAAUUGCAGAAGACACUACUAGAACAGAGAGUACAGGCGCAUCUACUACUGGUGAAACAACAGUUAGCACAAUUUCUCCUCCUGCUGGUGUUACAACAGUCAGCACAACUGCUUCGCCUGGUGAUGACGCAACAGUUAGCACAAUUUCUCCUCCUGCUGGUGACACAACAGUUAGCGCAACUGAUUCGCCUGGUGAUGACACAACAGUUAGCACAAUUUCUCCUCCUGCUGGUGAUACAACAGUCAGCACAACUGAUUCGCCGGGUGAUGACACAACAGUUAGCACAAUUUCUCCUCCUGCUGGUGAUACAACAGUUAGCACAACUGCUUCGCCUGGUGAUGACGCAACAGUUAGCACAAUUUCUCCUCCUGCUGGUGACACAACAGUUAGCGCAACUGAUUCGCCUGGUGAUGACACAACAGUUAGCACAAUUUCUCCUCCUGCUGGUGAUACAACAGUCAGCACAACUGAUUCGCCGGGUGAUGACACAACAGUUAGCACAAUUUCUUCUCCUGCUGGUGAUACAACAGUUAGUACAACUGCUUCGCCUGGUGGUGAUACAACAGUCAGCACAACUGAUUCGCCUGGUGAUGACACAACAUUUAGUACAAUUUCUCCUCCUGCUGGUGAUACAACAGUCAGCGCAACUGAUUCGCCUGGUGAUGACACAACAGUUAGCACAAUUUCUCCUCCUGCUGGUGAUACAACAGUCAGCACAACUGAUUCGCCGGGUGAUGACACAACAGUUAGCACAAUUUCUUCUCCUGCUGGUGAUACUACAGUCAGCGCAACUGAUUCGCCUGGUGAUGACACAACAGUUAGCACAAUUUCUCCUCCUGCUGGUGAUACAACAGUUAGCACAACUGAUUCGCCUGGUGAUGACACAACAGGUAGUACAAUUUCUCCUCCUGCUGGUGAUACAACAGUCAGCGCAACUGAUUCGCCUGGUGAUGACACAACAGUUAGCACAAUUUCUCCUCCUGCUGGUGAUACAACAGUCAGCACAACUGAUUCGCCGGGUGAUGACACAACAGUUAGCACAAUUUCUUCUCCUGCUGGUGAUACAACAGUUAGUACAACUGCUUCGCCUGGUGGUGAUACAACAGUCAGCACAACUGCAUCGCCUGGGGCCGACACAACAGACGAUACUACAGGUAGCUCUUCAAACACGGACUCAACUUCCAGUUCCAAGUCAACUGAUGAUACAAGUACACCUUCUCCUACAACCACACCUCCCGCGAAUAAGCUUCUAUGCUAUACAUGUGAGGGAGAUGAUUGCAAUGAAAAAAGUAUAAUUAACUGUCCAGAUGAUGGCCGCACAUACGCAGUUGAGGAAAUAAGGAGAAUUCUGCCAGAGAGUGCAUCAGCUACUCUACUUCGCAAUUACCGCUCAAUUUCUCGACUUGACGAGGCAGAUGUAAAGGGGUAUGCGUGCUAUAGUGUACAGGUUCAAGAUAAUGAUGAAAAGAAAUUGAAACUCGGUUGCAUUGCUAUUCCUUAUGGCCUAAGCGCAUGCGAAGCGGUGCGGAAUGAACUAGGAAAUAGCACAGAAGCGAGCAGUGACGAGUGUGUGGCGUGCCAGACAGAUUUAUGCAACGGUUGCGGCUUGUCACAAUUAUCGUUGGUGGCACUUGUGUGCGUAAUAUUGACAAAGCUUUUUAUUUAAGUUAUAACCCGAGAAAUUAUUUUAUUUAUUUGAACUUAAAUAUAACAUAAUUUUUGUACAUAUAUGUUCAGGGACCGUAGUAGUUACAUACAUACAUAUAAGAAUUAUAGUAAAAAAAAAAACAAAUUAAUUUAAUUCUCACACUGUUACUUUUAUUUUAUCAGCAACACAUAACGCUUAUCUUGUAAGCUGUUUCAAUUGUUCGCAAUAUAACAGUUACAUCCCAUACCGUAAA